UGAAAGCCAAGUAGGAGAGUGGAGUAGUUCCAUUGGCUACAACUUUACACACACUAUCUCUCUUUUUCUAUCUCUAUAAUACAUACCACAAAAACCUUCUUAUUAUUGCCCUUUGCUUCACCAUAUCUAUCUAUCUCUCUCUAUGCACUCUUUCCUACUGGGUUUGCCUGCUUUGUCUUCCUCUGACGACCUUUGUAGAUUCUCAAGGAUUCUUCAAAGUUUUAAGUCUGCUCUCUUUUCCAGAUUCUUCAGUUUGUGCUCAAAUUUCUCACCACAUCUGGUUCUUUGAUUCCACCAAUAUAUACUAUUCGUUAUUUUCCUCUUUUUCUCCUUUUGAUUCCUAUUUAUCAUUAGAUCCUAUAACAUAGCUUCAGUCCUUCACUAAACCCACAGGAGACUUGUAAUAACCUUUAAACAAUAUGGAGACUCUGCAUCCACUACUACUCUCUCACGUGCCCACUUCUGACCACCGGUUCGUCGUUCAAGAGAUGAUGUGCUUGCAAACCUCGACCUGGACUAAAGAAGAGAACAAGAAGUUCGAACGAGCCCUUGCUAUAUACGCUGAUGACACGCCUGACCGCUGGUUCAAAGUUGCUGCCAUGAUCCCUGGCAAAACCAUCUCGGAUGUCAUGACGCAAUACUCUAAGCUCGAAGAAGACCUCUUCGAUAUCGAAGCAGGGCUUGUCCCUAUCCCUGGUUACCCCUCAGCUGGAUUCGACCACCUCGUGAGUCCCCAUGACUUUGAUCUCUAUCGUAAACGUCCUAAUGGUGGAGCCAGAGGGUUUGAUCAAGAUCGCAGGAAAGGAGUUCCAUGGACGGAGGAAGAACACAGACGAUUCUUGUUAGGGCUUCUCAAGUAUGGAAAGGGAGAUUGGAGAAACAUAUCAAGGAACUUUGUGGGAUCGAAAACACCGACUCAGGUUGCAAGCCAUGCUCAAAAAUAUUAUCAGAGACAGCUCUCUGGUGCUAAAGAUAAACGCCGACCUAGCAUUCACGACAUCACCACCGUCAAUCUUCUCAACAACAAUAUCACCCGUACAUCUUCUGAUCACGACCGCUUCCUCCAACAACCAGAUGAGCCAAAACUAGGGUUCACCGACAGGGGUAAUGCAGAGGAUGGAGUGAUGUUUCUUGGUCAGAAUCUUUCCUCUGUCUUGUCUCCCUACGAACCUGCGUUUAAGUUCACCGGAACAAAUGUUUAUGGCGAUGGAGCUUGCUGUCUCACAAGAUCCUGAAACUCAGCGUUAUAAAGAAGCGAUAAAAGGUUGGAUUCAGAAAUUGUAAUUGUAAUUGCUACCUCUAGUUAAACGAAAUUCCCAGAGUUGUGUUUUGUGGUUGAACUUGAAACGUUAUGUGGUUAGAUGAAUGUGACUAUGUGGAUAUGCAGUGUUUUCUGUUUAUCAAUAUAUGGAAUAAAUAUAGAUUAGCUCGUA